AUGACGAGGCCACUGCGAGCUUCAAGCAUUGACGUCUUGCUGGCCAUUCAGAAUGGCAUGAAGUUGCCGGACGACGAGAGCGCCAAAUCAGAUGCGGCCAGUGACGUGGGCGAGGAUAGGCCAGGAUCUGCCGUGCAGGAUGUCGACUGCGAGUGGGCAGAGAGCUCCACGGAUUGGGGGGACUUUGCCACACGAUCCUUCGACCCUCGGAGCCUUGAGCUGCCGAGCAACGUGCGGAGGCGUUCCUCCCGCGGCGAGCUGAUGCGGAAGAUUGACUUUAACUCGUGCUUUGCUACCAUCAUCAGCUACUCGAAGGACGAUUCCGGCAAGCCUGGUCUUGACAUGGAGACGGAGUCACUUUUCAUCAUUUACGAGCUUGGCAUGGAGUCUCUGGAGGACAGGCUAAUUCGAUACGCAGAGCAGCAGCGGCAGCUCUCAGCGGAAGAGCACUGCAGAUUGCAGUGGGCACUGGUCUCCAUAGUCUUCGGGCUUCAUACGCUCGGGUAUGUACACUUGGACAUCAAGCCCGCAAAUAUCGUGUGCUUUGCGCUUCAACAAGAGGAGCAGUGGAAGCUAAUUGAUUUGGAUGGAGCCUUGUGCACUGGAAAGUCGGUGCGCUUGGAUUCUGUGGUGGCGACUCUGCACUAUUUGUCGCCAGAGUUGGCAAGCACCUUCUUGACCAUGAAGGCACCUGCCAGAGACAGAUUCGGACGACCUCACCGCACCAAAGAUGCCGUCCGCGAAGAACCGGUCAAGCUCUCGCGGCUCAUGGACGUUUGGAGCGUCGGGAUGUGUGCCAUGGAGGCAAUCUUCGGAGUUCCCAUCUUAAAGCCCUGGUACGACGAGUGGUUCGAGGAGACAGGUGAGGAUGAUAAAUUCUUGGCCUGGCUCGCGGACUUCUCUACAGACCACAUCAUCACAGGAGACAUGAGGGAUGCCCUCCGAGAAAUUGAUUCAGACAUGUGCAGUCUGUUGGAGGGCAUGCUGCACAAGGACCCUGAAAAGCGCUUCAGCAUCAUUGAGUGCGUGAACCACACCUGGUUCCAAAAGAUCCGCACCUCUCAUUUGGAGGAUCUGGCUGGCAUCGUGGAGGUGGAGGAAGAGAAGUCGCCUCUCAGCAAGUCCCAGAGGUCUCCCCAGGGCUUGAUGCCGGAGACGCCGAAGGGCGACCAGGGAACGGGUUCGAGGGCUUGCGCCGUGAUGUGA